CACGAAUACUGUGCAGUAACAACAUUGUACAACUUGGUCUUCGGGGUUAAUGUUUCGCUGAUUCUGAGCUCUGUGAUGACACCACAAGUAUUGGAAAUGCCCCAAACAAUUUACGAUGCUCAACUUCACUUCUUCUGCAUCUUUCCUUCUGCAUUCUGCAAUGCAGUCCCAGAUAAUUGGUUAGGAAAUUGUAAACCUAAAGUUUCAAAUGAGAACAAUGUACCAUCACAAGUUCCAACUAUUAAACCUAAAGUCUCAUCGCUUGAUUUGUUGAAAACAAUAUUAGAUGAUGGAUUAGCUGACAGCUAUUGCAUUAAAGAAUCCACCUCUAUUCUGAAGGAUGGUGCCACUGGAUCAUCUGCAGAACACAUACGAAAAGCAACAGGAAUUGUAACGGGUGUGGUCUUUCUUAUAAACCCUAGAAUUGUAAGAGCAGGAAGAAUUCAAUUUCCUUCAGCAAAUGGGCCAGCAUUCCCCAAGAGUCAGUCAACAAACCCAAAUUUGUCCUACUUCUUCAGCCAGGAAAUGUCAAGCCAAUCUUGUAUCGGGCAAAUAGAUUUCAAUGUUCUAGCAUCUUCAGGCCUGAAAUAUGAUCAAAUUGUAGACACUAGCUUAGCACUCACUCACAGUUGGCUAAUUGUGGUUUACAAUUUGCGUAACUAG